GAAAAAGACAAGACCAGCGUCGACGAUGCUCAGCCGCGGCCGCUCCAAGAAGGCGUCGGCGACCGUCGACGACCUCACGCUGCUCGUGACGCUCGAUGAGGCCACGAUCCUCCAUGCGCUGCAGCGGCGCUUCGAACACGACGAGAUCUACACGAGCACAGGCGCGAUCCUCGUCGCCAUCAACCCGUUCGCGCCCAUGCCCCACAUCUACGACGAGCACACCAAGGGCGUGUACAUCGAGCACGGCAACCGAAGGGUCACCGGCGAGAAGCUGCCCAAGCUGCCACCCCACGUUUACGCCGUCGCCGACACGGCGUUCCGCGAUAUGAACAAGGACACGUGGGUCGACGCGUCGCUCGCCAACUCGAACGUGCUCGAUGCGCUGCGCGCCGAAGCAGCGCCCGUUGCCGUGCAAAACCAAAGCAUCCUCGUGAGCGGCGAGUCGGGCGCGGGCAAGACCGAGACGACCAAGAUCCUCAUGAACUACCUCGCGUCCGUCUCGUCGGCGACGACGACAAACGGCCACGCCGCCGAGCGCGAGAACGUGCGCAACCGCGUGCUCGAGUCCAACCCGAUCCUCGAAGCCUUUGGCAACGCCCGUACCAACCGCAACAACAACUCGUCGCGCUUUGGUAAGUUUAUUCGCCUCGGCUUUGCAAAGGACGGGUCGCUUCUUGGCGCGUCCAUCUCGACGUACCUCCUCGAGCGCGUCCGGCUCGUCUCGCAGUCGAUCGGCGAGCGCAACUACCACAUCUUUUACGAGCUCUUACGUGGCGCAACGCCCGACGAGCUGACUGCGCUGUGUCUCACGCACGUCGAGGACUACAAGUACCUCAACCAGACGCAGUGUGUGGACCGCAAGGACGGCGUCGACGACGGCGACCAGUACGCCAAGACGCGCCACGCCAUGACCACGAUCGGCAUGUCGGAUGACGAGCAGUGGAGCGUGCUCGAGCUCGUGGCCGCGGUGCUGCAUCUCGGCAACAUCACCUUUGUCACGCUCGACGGCGAGAACGACGGCUGCCGCAUCACGAACGAGAGCGCGCUGGCGUCGGCGAGCCACCUCCUCGGUGUUGACAAGGACACACUGCAGAAGAACUUGUGCAGCCGCGACAUCAACGCCGGUGGCGACACGGUCACCGUGCUACUCUCGCCCGAGAAGGCCGAGGUGACGCGGGACGUCAUGGCCAAGACCAUCUACGCCCGCCUCUUUCACUGGCUCGUCGACCGCAUCAACGUCUCGAUCGGGUAUAGUCCGCCGGCGGACGAGCGGUUCAUUGGCGUCGUCGAUAUCUUUGGGUUCGAGAUCUUCGCGACCAACUCGCUCGAGCAGCUCUGCAUCAACUACGCCAACGAGAAGCUCCAGCAGCUCUUCUCGCAGUUCGUCUUUGAGAUGGAGCAGAAGGAGUAUAUCAAGGAGGCGAUUCCAUGGACGUUUGUGUCGUACCCCAACAACGACGAGGUGGUCACGAUGUUCGAGUCGGUGCGACCCAUGGGCCUCUUUGCGCUCCUCGACGAGCAGUGCAAGCUCCCGAACGGCAACGACGUGAGCUUGUUCAACACGUACUUUGACAGCUUUGCGGCGACGCCGCAUCUCCACGUCUCCAAGCUCCAGCGCGGCGUCCAGCUCUUUGUCAUUGCGCACUACGCCGGCGCCGUGCCGUACGCAGCCGCGGGCUUCUGCGACAAGAACAAAGACCACGCGCACACCGAGGCGCUCGGAUACCUCGCGUCCUCCUCGACGCCGCUGCUCCAGACGCUCUUCACCGCACCUCCUGCCUCGUCGUCGUCGACGGCCGGCACCAAGCAGCCGUCGACGGUUGUCGCCAAGUUCAAGUCGCAGCUCGCGAGCUUGCUCUCGCUGCUGCACACGACCGCGCCGCACUUUAUCCGGUGCAUCAAGCCCAAUGACGACGCGUCGUCGACGGAGUUUACCGUCGACCGCGUCGCCGAGCAGCUCCGGUGCUCCGGUGUCCUCGAAGCCGCCAAGAUCUCGCGCACGGGGUAUCCGAUCCGCUUUCCGCAUGCGUCGUUUGUGCACUCGUACCUUUGCUUGACGCCUUCUGUGCCAUUUGAGAAGGAGAACCUCCGGGGCACGGCGACGGCGAUCGUUGCGGCCCUUCGCGCCGGCGCCUUUCUGCAGCCGCCGAACGCGCCGCCGAUUACGUUUGCUGACGAAGGCCGCGACAACUUCCAGGUCGGUCUCACCAAGGUUUUUCUGCUGCUCGGCGCCUAUACGCAGCUCAACACCGUGCGCGAAGAGCUCUUUGGGAAGGCUGUCAUCGCCAUGCAGCGCGUCGUGCGGGGGUUUCUGGCCCGCGUCGUGUACCGCCGCAUGCGCGCUGGUAUCCUCCGUCUGCAAGCCACGUUUCGGGCGCGACGCCAAGCGCGUCACUACCAGCGCCUGCGCACCAGUGUGAUCAUCGCCCAAGCCGCCGUUCGCCGCUUCCUUGCGCGCCGCCGGUACCAAACGGUGCAGCGCGCCGUGCUCACGCUCCAGUGCGCGUACCGCUGUCAUCUCGCCCGCAAGCAACUUCAGGCCAAGCGCGCGCUGGCCGCGACCCUUCGCCUCCAGUCGAUCGUUCGCAUGCACCAAGUGCGCCUGCGAAUCCGCCCGCUCUUGCUCGCGGCGCGCGAGGCCAAGCGGGCGGCCGAGGCAGCGGCGCUUGCGGCCAUGCCGGUGCUUGCAACGCGCGCACGCCCGGUGCGAAGCGUCUUUGUGGAAGAGUUUAGCGAGUCGGACUCGGACGACGACGAGUCGAUCUCGUUUGUGGACCGUCGCAGCACGCGCCUCUCGCUGGUCGCGUCCUCGAGCGCGUAUGUGGUCAUCGUCGAAGCCGGUGGCAGCCUCGGUGUCACGCUGGACGUCAGCAACGGCGCUGCGAUCGUGUACCGCGUGCACCCGACUCUGAGCACGACCGCCGACGUGUUGCAGAUCACAGCCGGCGAUACGCUCGUGUCGAUCGACGGCCGCCCACCGGUGGUCCCGACGACGCUGCCGAUCUCCGUCGGCGGCGGUCGCCGGUGCUUUCUGUUUCCUCCCUCGGCGCAGCCAACGCUCUUUGAGUUUGAAAAGGCCGCGUCCGGCCUCGUCCGCGUCGCGUCGACUACCAGCUCGUCGGCCAAGUGCUACGACGUGCUCUGGCUCGAGGACAAGAGUCUCGGGCUCGCGCUGCGCCAGGACCCGACGACGGCGCGCUCUAUCGUGACCAAGAUCUCGGCCUACCAUAAUCCCGGUAUGGUCAACGUGCACGAGCAAGACGUGCUGCUUGCCAUCAACGGCAACGACGUGGCCCAAAUGGAGUUUCCCGUCGUCUGUGACCUCCUCGCCCAAGCCGCGCGACCGCUCGUGCUGAGCUUCGAGUCGAGUGUCCGGGCGUAUCACACGUCGUCGGUAACGCUGCUCCAAGGCGCCGUGCUCUUCCACGUCAUCUGGGACGGCGGCCGCCUCGGCGUUGCGCUCAAGAAGAACGCGGUCACGAAAGGCCCAUUCCCGUACGUGGCCAAGGUCCAGGCUGGCGACUCGGUGGUCGGUCGUUUCAACGCCAAGCGGUCGCCGCUCGGCCUCAAGGUCUCGCGCGGCGACAAGCUCGUCAAGGUCAACCACCAAAGCAUCCGCGACGUGCCGUACGAGAGCCUCCUCACGCAGCUCCGCGCCGGCGCCAAGCCCAUCAUCCUCAGCUUUCUUAAGGGCAAGAAGCCCAAGACCAUUGGUGGGGCGUAGAGACACGAUUGUCGCUCGUACUAGUACUAAUCUAUAUCAUACCACCGUCUACCGAUCCCCAU